GGAUGGUUCCGUCUGGCUCCGCACUCGACGUUUACUCCUCAAACCGAUCACCGGGAACCCCUAAUUUACCAGCCUUCAACCCGUGUGUAAUUAAUUACCCGAUUCUACUUAAUAAGGUGAGCCCUGGGCGCCGACCGUGCUAGCCAAUAACCAUGCUGCGCCAAUCUGAGCCUACCAAUAGCACGUUGCACCUGGUUGCUACGGAUAUGAGUGAAAUCAUGGAGAAUUUGGACACUCGUGAGUUGUACCUAGGAGACGGGGAAUAUGACACUACAGACUUUAAACUCCCAGAGGAGCGUCGGGGCUUUGCGUCUGUCUACAAUACUGUGGGGUUUAAGGAGGCGGAGGCCAAGGUGUUUCUCUCCUCUCCCAUCACCGCUAAGAUACUAGAAGUGGAGAGAUUCACCUCUGCACAGGACCGCUUCAAUAUCACCUCACAGCGCAGUGUCAACAAGAGUCUGCCUGCGGUAUUUAAGAUUGAAAUGAGACAUGGAGAGUUCAGCUGGGUGGUCAGAGGGAAGGAAGAACACUUCAUGGACCUCCACAGAGAACUGCUCCGAUACAAGACUUUCAUGAGAAUACCACUACCCUCCCGCAGCCACACAGUGAGAAGGCAUAGUGUUCGGAGGUCAGAGGUCAGGGCCAUGCCCACUCUGCCACGGGGGAGCGAUGAGCUGGCCCGUGAGGAACAGGUGUCCAGCAGGAGGAAAGCAUUGGAGGACUACCUGAACAAGCUGCUGAAGAUGUCUAUGUACAGAAACUACCAUGCUACGAUGGAGUUUAUAGAUGUCAGCCAGCUAUCCUUUCAUCCAUGAUCUCGUGGACCUAAAGGCUUUAAGGGAUGGUACAAGCGGUCAGGUGGUAUCAGGUUACCUAUCCUGAAUAAUAAUGAAAUUAUCAAGAUGUGCUACCGCUGGUCCAAACGCUGGUUGGUGGUGAAGGAUUCGUUCCUCCUCUACAUGAAGCCAGACUCGGGAGCCAUUGCCUUUGUUCUCCUGGUGGAUAAAGAGUUCUGCAUCAAAAUGGACUCCAAAGACACAGAGACCAGACACGGAGUACGGAUUGAUAGCCUUUCCAGGGCCCUGGUGUUGAAAUGCAGCAGCUACAGACAUGCCAGGUGGUGGGGUCAGGCCAUCGAGGGCUUCGUCCAGAAACAUGGCUCUGCCUUCCUGACCGACCACCGCUUCGGUUCCUUCGCCCGACAGGAGCACAACAUCCCAGCCAAAUGGUAUGUGAAUGGGAAGACCUACAUGGCCGACGUGGCCGACGCUCUGGAGGAGGCUGAAGAAGAGAUCUUCAUCACUGACUGGUGGCUGAGCCCUGAGAUCUUUAUGAAGAGACCGGUUGUCGAGGGAAACCGCUGGCGCCUUGACUGCAUCCUGAGACGCAAAGCGCAACAGGGAGUGCGUAUCUUUGUGAUGCUGUAUAAGGAGGUAGAGCUAGCUCUGGGCAUCAACAGUGAAUACAGCAAGAGAACACUAAUGCACCUCCACCCCAAUGUCAAGGUGAUGCGUCAUCCGGACCAUGUCUCCUCCUCUGUAUACCUGUGGGCGCAUCACGAGAAGAUCAUCAUCAUCGACCAAUCAGUGGCCUUCGUGGGUGGGAUCGACCUGGCGUACGGUCGCUGGGAUGACAGAGAGCACCGUCUGACGGACGUGGGGAGUGUGACACGCUCUGUAGCCCUGGAGCAGGCUGAGGGUUCCUCCUUCAAGAUGGCCACCGCAUUGACAAGUAGUUCUGCCCCUAGCAAUGGGAAGGGUGCUGCUUCCCUGGUAGUGGACUCAGGGGACCAGCCCAAGUUGAAGGGGCUGGGGAGAAUCAGGAGGACAGGGUUCAGUAUGAAGAGACACCUGCAGAAACAUGGACUGGCCCACGCCGACUCUGUUAGCAGUGUGGAUAGCUCAGAAGAGAAGACAGUGCGUAGCAUGCAAACAGGAAUAGGAGGAGUAGGAGAGUUGGUUGGAGAUACAAGGUUCUGGCAUGGGAAAGACUACUGCAACUUCGUAUACAAAGACUGGAUCCAACUGGACAAGCCCUUUGACGACUUCAUUGACAGACACACCCACCCCAGGAUGCCGUGGCAUGACAUCGCCUCCGUGGUUCAUGGGAAGGCUGCCAGGGAUGUGGCCAGACACUUCAUCCAGCGCUGGAACUUCUGCAAGAUAAUGAAGCCAAAGUAUCGUUCUCUCUCCUACCCGUACCUCCUGCCCAAGUCUCACACUACCGCAGGAGAGAUCAGAUACCAAGUCCCCAACUGCAUCCCUGCAAAAGUACAGAUCCUGCGCUCAGCAUCCGACUGGUCAGCUGGUAUAAAGUACCAUGAAGAAUCCAUCCACAACGCCUACGUCCACGCUAUCAAGAACAGCCAACACUACAUCUACAUAGAGAACCAGUUCUUCAUCAGCUGUACUGAUAACAGACAUGUCUUCAACAAGAUAGGAGACGCCAUCGCUGAACGCAUCAUCCAAGCAUACAAGGAGGGUAAGAAGUUCCGAGUGUACGUUGUGACCCCCUUGUUGCCCGGCUUCGAAGGAGACAUCAACACCGGAGGAGGCAGUGCCAUUCAGGCUGUCAUGCACUACAACUACAGAACCAUGAACAGAGGAGAUUGUUCCAUCAUAUCUCAGCUGAAGAGAGAAAUUGCAAACCUUUGGAUUAAUGUACGUCUGUAACCUAAGUUUUACAUUACCAUCUGCUGGUCAGUGUUAUUACUGCAUCCAUCCAUCCAUUUACUCAUAGUCAAAGAAGAGCUAAAGAAAGUCCUAAUGACAGACACAAAGGACCCACACACAGCUAACACUUCCUCUGUGUGUGUUGUAGGUUCGGCCAACAUCAACGACCGCAGCAUGUUGGGGAAGCGUGACAGCGAGGUGGCGGUGAUCGUUGAAGACUCGGAGACCGUUACCGCGGUGAUGGAUGGACAGGAGUACCAGGCUGGUCGCUAUGCACUGGCACUACGUCUAGAGUGCUUCAGGACUAUCCUAGGGGCCCAUACUGAUCUGUCUAUAGACGUGUCUGACCCUCUCAGUGAUCACUUCUACAAGGAGAUUUGGAUGACCACCUGUGCUCGCAACGCCACUAUCUAUCAGAAGGUGUUCCGGUGCCUUCCCUCCAGUGAUGUCAGGAACAUUCUGGAACUGGAAGGCUACCUGGCCAAGCCGGGGUUGGAGAGGGAGGAUUCUGCACGCGCUCAUGAGGAGCUGAAGAAGAUCCGUGGCUUCCUGGUCCAAUUUCCGCUCGACUUCCUAACUGAGCAGAAUCUACUUCCUCCCAUCGGCUCCAAGGAGUCCAUGGUCCCCAUGGAGGUUUGGACCUGAGACCGAGACCAGAGACUUUACACACACACACUCCACAUUCUAUACCAGAGAACUCUACCAGUGUCUGGAGGUCAUUCCACUCUGGAGUGUGUGUCUGAAAAGCAGACAGCACCUUCAAGUUUACAUUAAAAAGAAGAAAACAAAGGAGGAGGAGAGGACAAUGGAGUGAUUAACUGGAAUGUAACGGACUGCUCUGCUCUGUAACUGUUCUGUACUGUUUACUAACACUAUGGGACGCCGUGAGGGCUGGAGAACGCAGCUCAGACUCUGCGUGAUGUUUCUAUGAAAACAUACUAAGGCCUUAGAAUAAUGUAAGACAAAAAAAGACAAGAGGGAGAAAAAAAGGAGAGUGUGAUAUCAGAGUUAGAAAGGGAGAGGGGGGGGGGGUGAGAGAGAGCUUUGUGCCCUUGCAGGCACAUUGUGAAAGUGAAAUCUUAAAGCCCUGCCGUGUAUCUAACCUCUAACCCUGACCUUAACACCAAAAUGAAAUCACAUGAACUCAACACAAGUGCCAAUUAUUGCUACGGUAAUGUUAAUGCAGUAUACCUUCUCUUACAUUCCUCAUGUUCAUUCUGUGGAUUUCAGACUAUGACCUUAAGGACCUCUGUUUCUACUAGCGUGCCUUUAGGUCUCUAGAGGCCUAGACACCCUGUACAAUAGCAAAACACAAAGGGACAUUGUAUUCCAUCUUGGGAUGUUGUUUGAUGCUGCACGUAGCUGUUAGCAUGCUAGCUAGUCACUGCACGUAUCCAUUAGCAUGAAAACAAGUCAGUCUGCUGUGUGUUGCUGGUAACUUGUCAUGUUAGCUACCAGUCCAUGCAAUCAUUAGCAUGCUAGCUAGAGUCAGUCCAUUUUUAGCUACAGUAGCAAGGUUGGUCUUAAUUCUAAUUGAAGACAGUCAGUUCAGGAAGUGAUUUUGUAUUAAAGUAAAAUUGAAAUAAAUAGCUGCUUCUUUUCAGUUUGAGAAGUCCUUGAAAAUAAUUUUUUUCCCGAUAAUUGAAUUGUAGUUUACUUUGAAUUGAGCCCAACCCUGGUAGCUAACUGAUAUGCUUACCGUUUGKUUGCUAGUAAAUGGCUGGACUGUGGUCAUUAUACCAAAAAUAAGUGAUCUUUUUACUUUACUGACUGUAACAGUUCUGUCAGAGAUAAGAGGUCUCCAUGGGAGGAAGUCCCAACUCAUAACUGUCUCAUAUCAGAAUGUAUCAACUGUCCUCUGUCCCCCUUUCUCUGUCACUGUCCUUUUCUCUCUGUUCCUUCUCAUUUAUUUUCUCUGUCCUGUCUUUGUUCAUCUCUUUCGUACAUUUCUCUUUCACUCUACCUUUCAUUAGCCUGUUUCUAUAAAUUGCACUUUUUGCACAGACUGAUUGUGUCUUGUAGGAAAACCCAAAUACUGAUAGUUCACGUAUUUAAUUAUUUGUGCGUUGAUGAAAUGAAUAUUAACUAUUAAAUAUUUCAGGUUUUU